CUUCAGGGGUGAGGUCUGCUGAGGAGGUUCCAGGGACACCAUUGACUAGGGGAGAGGGUUUACUGGGUGUCCUCACCCAACUCUGUCCCCAAUCCCCCAGCUAUGUCCCUGACCUCAUCUCUGGACUCUAGAUUCCCCUCAGAGCCCUUCAGUCACCCCCCAGGAGCCCCUAGGGAGCUGGAUGUUGCCGAAUGUACCACCUGCCCUGCACUGGGAGAGGAGACGAUCAGGCCAGAGCAGGCUCAGGACUCCUGGGACCCUUCUGGGUACUUCCAGGGUGCACUGAGGGGCACUGAGCCUGCUGCCAAUGCCCCCCGAUUAUCAGCACCCGCUUUCCACGAGGAACCAGCUGGAAGCAGACACCGUGAGCACCCUGUCUCUGGCCACGAAGUGUUGGAGGCUGAACAUGACAGCAUACAGCUCUGUUUGCUGAGCCUGGGCCUCCGACUGCAGGACCUGGAGCAAGUCCUCAGGGCCUGGACACUGGCCCAGAGCGGGAUGGCUCAGCUGCAGGCCCUGCAGGCAGAGCUACGAGGGGCAGCAGAACGUGUGGAUGCAUUGCUAGCAUUCGGUGAGGGGUUGGCACAGCGAGGUGAGCCCAGAGCCUGGGCAUCUCUGGAGCAGAUCCUGAGGGCCCUCAGAGCCCACCGAGAUACCAUCUUUCGACGGCUCUGGCAGCUGCAGGCCCAGCUGGUCAGCUAUAGCCUGGUGUUCGAGAAGGCCAGCACAUUGGACCUGGACUUGGAGGUCGAAGGGGAUUCAGAUGGGCCAGGACCUGGUGGAGUCUGGGGGUCCUGGGCACCCAGUAACUUCCCCACUCCUGCAGAGUUGGAGUGGGACCCAGCAGCAGAUGUUGGGGACCUUGGACCCUUGGGGCCAAAGACAGCCCGGGUGCCAGGAACUCCCUGUGAAUUGUGUGGCCAGUGGGGCCUCCUGAUCAGGAAACAAGGCCUUGAGUCUUUGUCACUGGUUCUCCAAGAACUGAAUACCUCCCUCUUCCCGCAGGACAUGCUUGUGUCAGGGCUCAGCCACCGGGAACACUUAGGAGGUCACCAAAGACGCUCUCUGCUCCGGAAACCUCAGGACAAGAAGAGGCACAUGGCUCCAAGUUUCCAGGACAUGAUGCUGGAGGUGGAUGAUGGGGUCCCUGCUCCUGCACUCAGGGGGCCCAGAACCUUCCUCCUUGUCCUCCUCCUCCUCUUCCUUCUCCUGGUGGGUGCCACCUUGCUCCUGCCCAUAUCAGGAGGCCCCUGCUGCUCUCACCCCAGAUCGGCCAGGACGCCCUACCUGGUGCUCAGCUAUGUCAAUGGUCCCCCCCCAAUCUGAGUACCCAGCCCAGAUAUGAGUAAUAA